AUGUCGGACUCGGAGAGCAAUGCGCCAUUACCAACACCGCACGCGACCACAGGCGGGAAGUCACUGGCCAACGUCGAACGACCGCGUUACAAGUCAUGGCGCAAGAAGUAUCGCAAGAUGCGACACAAGUUUGAUGGCGUUCUUGAAGGGAAUAGGAAACUAUUCAAGGAAGAGCAGAAGCUGGAGGGUAUUGCCAGGAGACUUAGAGAGGAGCUGGACGAACUGCUUGACCUGCUGCUAGACGUCAACUCCAACCCAGCCCUUCCCCCCGAAUUGCGGUUCAAUAUCUCACUGAAGGAGUCCCACUCAGCUAUAGCCUCCAUCCCUAGCGUGGUUCCAGAAGACAUACUACCUGAAACGGCGAACGAGAUGCUGUUAGAGUACACACUUGCCGUCCAGCGUGGGCAGAUUCCACACCUGGACCUCAACGUGAUCCGUCAUCAGCUCGACAAGACUCUCACAGCACAGGGCGUGACUCCCGUUGAAACCCUCGACCAAGCGACCACCCACACGAUUGUGCCAGCCAGCGAACGCGACUAUCCCGAGGACAUGCGCGGAUCACAUCCACCAAGCUUCUUGACUGCAGAGGAGGAAGACGCGCAUCUCCUACGGUUAGACGCCAAGCUUGGCGAUCCUGUUAGUCUCGACCGCAUGAAAGAGAAGAAGGAGGAAGGUGCGGAUGAGAAGCACUGGGCAGACCUUACGGCGCGGGAGGUUGAGCGUCAGAUUGAGUUGCAGAAUCCGCAGAGUCAACACAAUUGGCUCAAGACACAUGCGAAGAAUGGCGCUGGGAUGGAUGUUGACGAUAAUGAGAGUCUGGCGUCGCAUGAUACGAAGCCCGCUACUGGCAGGGGUGGCAAGGGGAAGAGAGAUCUUGCCAAACAAGUGGGCGAUCGUGCCGUGGGCAGAGCCAGGGAAGGCUUCAGUCCGGGUGCAGCUAGCGCGGGCUUUGGAGACGACGAGGACUUUGCAUUCGUUGAUGAAAACCCAGGCUCGAGUAAGAAGCGCGGCAAAGGAGACGUUGACGGCACCUACAGAGUCAAGGGCGGCAAGACCGGUGCUGGAAAGGGCAAGAGGAAGAGGAGCGGAGAGGAUGUCGCAUCCACAGCGAGUGGCAGCGCGAAGAAGGCAAAGGUGGACGUGACUGAGUGA